AACAUUUGAUUUCUGUCACAACAGGAAGGAGGUGUUGAUAUAACUGCUAAUUCACUUCAUCCCGGAGCAAUUCCCACUAACCUUAUGCGCCAUCACAGUUUCAUUGAUGGUCUGGCCAGCUGGAUCGCAAAAUAUGUGCUUAAAAAUAUUCCACAGGGAGCGGCUACAACAUGCUAUGUUGCAUUGCAUCCACAGGUGAAGGGAGUGAGUGGCGAGUAUUUUGUCGACAGUAAUAUUGGUAAACCAAGUUCACUGGCCAGUGAUGCAGAGUUGGCGAAGAAAUUGUGGGAAUUCAGCUUGAGUUUGACAGUAUCCGAGUAGAUUCAUAUUCUGGGACCCUAUUUUAUAGUUUGAGUUUCAAAGAUGAAGAAAUAGUUAUUGUCGUCUUCUUUUGCCUUUUCUCUUCGCCUUGUGAAAAAAUAAUAUACUGAAUUCAGACUUUCGUUGUGGGCUUGAAAGAUGCUUCUCUUUUCUUCUCCUCCUGGAUGUAAAAAACUGUGUUAAAAGAGCAAGAUGUCUUAGGGAGGAUAUCUUGUCUCUGUUCAUAGAACAAGAAGAAAAAUUUGUUGCUUGAUGAGUUUUGGACCUUCUGGUGAUAAUACAGAAUAGAAAGUUGUUUGUAAA